AUGGGUGCCUCCUGCCUCCAGGAGAAUUCGGAGGAGUCGACUUCGGCGCAGAUUCAGCUCUUGGCUGCUCUGUGGGCAGCCCCAGGUGGAGGUAGAAGUCGUGGGGAAACGCGUGUGGUUGGAAAAGGUGACCAGGACAAGAACGACAUCCCUCCCUUCGAACUCUUGCAUAGCGCAGAGAAGGUCCUGGAACUGGGAGGGGACGAUCCCGACGACACCGUGCUGGUGCAACGCAGUGCUGCUGCGCGGAUCUUGGCCAACAAAGCGCUGGAAGGUGCCCAGAAGAUGGAAGGUGGCAUGAUCGAAGCAGGCUUCACCCUGCCAGACGUCGUGAGGUUCCUCCUCUUGCCCGGUGCUGCGGGCAGAGAUGUGCAGCUGGCGACCUCAUGUCUCAAGUUGUUCGAGGGUCGAAGCUUGAAGGAGCAGAGAGAGGUGCUUCACACGGCAAAGGGAAGGAACAGCAGCAACACCGCAGCUGCCGCAGGAACGGCCCUCUUGAAGACCCUCAGCGGUGGAGUCGCCCCAACCGAGCAUGUGGCUGCCCCGGAUGUCCAUGUCGACUCUGUGCGAGAGGUGGCGGACUGCGGUGUGAGGCUGCCAGCUGCCGCGGCGCUGUUGAGGCGGAUGGCUCCCAGCGCCUCACCCUUGAAGCUGGCAGAGGCCUUGUUGGUGAUGGCUGCACGAGCUGGCCCUGGACAGGCUGACGACAUUGUGGCCAUCAGUGAAACCUUGGCCAGCAAGGAAGCGUUUCAGAAUUUUCCCAUCCAACUCAUCUUGGACAUCGUUUUGGCGUCUUCAAAGGAUGACAACCUCCAAGUGUUGGUGAGACCUGCGGCGGCGGUGGCGGCCACUGUGCUAACUCAGUGGCCCUUUGAGGAGAUGGUGAAGCUCCUGCUGUCCUUGGCACGGCGACAUGCGCUCCUCAAAGAGGAGGUGGAUGAUCGUUUACGCUCGGCAGCAGAGAAGUGUUUUACCUCCGAGCAGUUCCAGCUCUUAGGUCCGAACGAUUUGGCUGGAAUGGUCUUGGCGACCUUGGGGCACGGCUGGUCCCGGCUGCAUGAGGUGGCAGGGCAAGAGCUCUUACGGCGACUUCCACAUUUUCCGGCCAAAGAGUUACUAAUGGUAUCUCCAGUGCUCUUUCAGAAGCACGCGGCGCAGCUGAUUGGAGCCUGGCCCAAGGUGCUCGCGGGAGGCGCGCCUAAGGACCCAAAGGCAGCCGAUGGCUUGCUGCCAGAUCAGCUGGUGCAGUUGGCUCGGCUGGUGGGUGACCAAAGCGAAAGUGAGGCGCCUGACGCCAAGCAGAAGUUGAUGGAGGAUCUGUGUGAGCGCCUUCUGCCCAAGGUGACGGAGUUGUCGGCCAAUGGCCGCGCACAACUCAGCCAGCUUUGUAAGACAGAAGGCUCGCUACCCGUAUUGGGUUACAUCCGCUCGGCGACCGCAGUGACAGGUGAUGUGGUGAAAGGGGCGGGAAACUUGACGAAGGGCGGGAAGGUGGGCAUCUAUGCCACCCUUCUCCAAGUCUUGAAUCCCGGCCUGGGUGACCUGACUCUCUUGAUGGAGUGCUGUGGGGAGGCCAAUGGCCUGGCCGACAAGGCCAGCUAUUUGGUGAACACCAACCAGUACACCAGUCAUAUUGAGGAGAACGUCAAAAAGGACUUUGUGGGUGAGGGAAAGUGUGCAGCGCCCGGCCCUUUGAAGACCUUGCUUCAGCAAGGCCAAGAGGAGUGCUCUUACUUUUACAGCUUCAAGAACAAGGACUACAAGGAGUACAGCUUCUCGGCCUAUUGUGUCCCGAACGAUGUCAUUUCGAACUUUGCGGACACCAAAGGAUUGCCCAUGGGAUACACAGGGGUGAACCAAAUUCUCAACCGCAACGCCGGCGAAUUGGUCUAUGCUGCGGAAGGCUACUUGGGAUUCUGCUAUGAUGGCAUGAAGACAGUGAACGAAGCCAACAACAGUUUCAAGUUGUUCAAGCCCACCUAUGUGGACAUCUUCGGCCAAAAGUUUGAUACCGGAUACAUGGAGAACGUGGGCUUUCCCGGUCUGGGCAGGUUGAACAUCAUGGACAUGAUGCAGAGGAGUGUGCCGGCGCCUUUCCUUGGAACCCUCUUUGUCUACAAGAACAACUUUUGGAGCAAAUCGCAAAGCGCCCUGAACAUCACGCACUUUGACAUGAAGCAAUGGGCCGCGAAGAAGGCUGCAAGCCAACCGGCAGCUCCCAACACAGCCGAGUACCAGAAGGAGAUGGGCCAAGAGGUGGGCAAAGUCGCCGAUGACCUGGCGCCCUUCCAGAACAAGAACCUGAGCCCAGAGCAGCAGGCAGCUUUAACCCAGCUGAUGUCCAACAAGGAGAGCGCGGCACUUGCUAAGAACAUCUAUGCGAAGAUCGAGGCAGACAAGAAGAAAGCGGCGGAAACGAAAGCCAAGCUUGAUGGCUUCAUUGGCAUGAUGGGCUAUACUAAGGUCACAAAGAAUCAUCAGCCAACUUAUGAUGUGGCUCCUCCAGGCAACAAUCUGAUCGAGCCAAUAUCGGAUCUGAACAUGGCAGCAUUGUUGAAGAAGAAGUCGGCUCCACCUCCCACAGGCAUCGAUGCGCUUCCCAAAGCCGCUGCGGCGGCACUUCCCAAAGCGGCCGCUGCUGCCUUGGCUGGUGCAACCAAUCCUGCUGCGCAUCCAUUGCUGCAGAAGCUGAUGGCUGGGGGGGCGAAGGGUGCUGGUGCAACCAAUCCUGCUGCGCAUCCAUUGCUGCAGAAGCUGAUGGCUGGGGGGGCGAAGGGUGCAGAGGCCGGCGGUGGGGAAGCGGCGAAGAAAGAUGAGACGAUCACAUUCAACGGCUUCAAAGUUCCUGUGAACAAAGUUCCUGCGAAGUUGAGGGUUGGCGAUGGAGAAGUGGCGAAGAAAGACGAGACCAUCACAUUCAACGGCUUCAAAGUUGAUGUCAAGUCGGCAGAAGACCUCAGGGCCGAAAGAGCAAAGUUAAAGGAGGAGCUGAAGGCCGCCGAUGGGGCAAAAGACGCCCCUGUUGUAGCUGCUAUGGCUGGAUCUGCUCCAGCUCCAGUCGCGGCUCCAGCAACCGCCCCGGUUCCACAUCCUCUUCUUCACGACAUGGCGAAGGAUGAGGGGAACAGCGCGCUCAAAGAUCAUCCAAGACUCAAGCAUCUCUUGGAGGCGUUCAAAGCGAAGCAAGAGGGGCAAGAGAAACACAACAAGGCCAUGGAUCUCCAAGACUUGCUGAAGCAGGCGGACGCCACAUCCCCUGUCUCUGCAAAGCAUCCAAGGCUGAAGGCACUGGUGGAAGAAGCAGAGCACAUGAAGGAGACCGUGGUGUAGCAGUGUAGCGUGUAGCACAACUGGGCAAUAUCUCCAGAUAUCUCCAGGUCUGAUGACUGUUCGACUGAGCGUCCACCCGCGUUUUGGUGCUAAGGUUCUCUCAGGACCGAAAGGUCAGACAUGACCUGCGCGAUGAUCCGUGAAGGACUGUCGUCUAAUUCAAGGCCUGCAGGUUUUUGCUUAUAGGCUUUGUGUGAU